AUGCCCAACCCGCGCCACUCGUCGAAGAGCCCCGUCAAAGCCCAGGCGUUUGCGCUCAGCAGUGUACGACCGCCACAGCGACAAGGCGCUUGGCGUCCACCUCCCGUUUACUGCGCCGACGGUGUAACAUUGUAUCAAGACUACGUCAGAGCCCCACCUGGUCAGGUCGGGUUUGCGUUGAACACCUCCCGCCUGGAGAAUCUAGAGGGCUGGGAGUCGCUGCGUGCCAACGAUGGAGUUGACGACGAAGCUAACUACAUAACACCUGUGCACUCCGAUGCGGUGGCCGCCCCGACGGCGCACUCUGUGGCCCGAGAGAAGCAGACUACGCGCUGGGUCACGGAAACCAUUCCCGCCCUACUUCCUGGCUACGUGGAUCUCAUGCUUCGAACGGAGCGUCUGCGUCACCUCGAUCGUGCAACCCCGUAUAUGGCUUCAUGCGUUUGCGGAAAACAGAAAGAGAUCCGGGUCUACCUGCUUCGUUGGCACGACAGAAUUUCACUGCAGCACUGUGCCUGUCGCCCAGGAACGCAGCAGCUCGUUGCCCGUGGCUUCUUUCCAAGCUCGCCCGUGGAACCGCACCUGGGCGUGGACAUGCGAGUGCUAGACUUUGCGCAGGAUCUGUUCCUUAACCAGGCACCCAACAACCGUGCACUGACAAAAACGAUUGAACAGUGCCUCGACAGGCUAGGCUACAAGCUGCCCAACCGUGAAUCCCUUCGACGCCAAUUUGGCAAUGCAUUAGAGUACUAUGUUAUGCUGCGCCAUAGCACAGAUCAGGCCAUUGACAACAUCCUCGCCACUGUGCGGCAGAGGAUCCAGAAUGAGGACGACAACCAUGAACACCCAACCACACCAGGUCCGGUGAUCGCACGAACCUCUGUGCAGGAAUCUCCGCGCAAGAGAGGCCGCAGGGAAUGGGACUCCUCUCCGCCGUCUUCUCCAACUAAACGCGCUCGAGCAGCGCAACCAUCAUCUCCGACGCGAUCCUCGUUGCCGUCUUCGUCAUCUCCGGUAAAACAUUCGCUGCAUUCAUCGCCUAGUGCCCCACCAGCAUCUUCUCCCGAGCCGUCAUCGCCUGUGGCCGAGUCAUCACGUCACACCUAUCCAUUCACAUCGCCCGAGGAUCACCCGCGACCAAGUGAAUACCUCCGGAGCCGAUGUCCCGCCUGCUUCGGCGGCAAAUGGGAGGACAUGCGGGUAGCUCUUGAUUGCAUUGUUUGCGGAGACGCAUGCUUCACGCAGAAACGGAACAAGGACCGAGGCUGUCGAGAUCCGGAGCGCAUGCAUCCCAAGUCGUCUUUCUUGUCCGACCAAGCGACGCAGAAGAUGGCUGACUGGGUCGAAGGAAUACGUCCUCCUCGUUCCGCCCCGGACACAGCUGCUGCACCGACAUCAGAAGUGGAUGAUGACGAUGUGAUCGAAGCACCAAGCAUCCCACUGCCUCGAUCUGUGCUUAAUGAGUGUGAAAGGUCCUUUGCUGCAGCAGAUGAGACCAGAGCGAAGACCAGUUCCCAUUUCUUUGAUGAUAAAGGACUGAUGGGCUUGUCGUGUCGUCACGAUAACCUGCUUUUUCUAGCAAACAUUAAGACGCCCGGUGAGCGGCAGUUCUACAUGUUUGCACUACUUGAAGCUCUGUUCCAGCACCUGCCGACUGAUUUUGCCGUUGGCUUCCUGUACGACAUUGCCUGCCAGUUACAGCGAUCUGCAGUCAAAUACGAGUUCUUGCCUCCAGAAUACAUGGCCAGACUGGAGUGGGCCGUUUCCGUCCUGCAUUCGUACGGUCAUGGAGCUGCGUGCCAAGCAGUGUAUCACCCAAGACGCCGCACUCUUUUCGGUUAUUCAGAUGGGGAGGGUCUAGAACGGUUUUGGCACUCCCUCAGCCAUCUCGUCUCAUUUCUUCGUUAUCAUAAGCGCCGCUACACGCUGGAUGCGCAGAUUGUACACAUGCACAAGGGCAACUUAUUCAGAUUAGGGAGCUGGCUAGCCCGACGCUACACUGAUUGCUGUCGCCACAGACAGCACGCAAUUGCUGUUCUGGCUGAAUGCCCGCACUCUGUAUCAGUUCUUCGCGCAGAGCACACCAAACAGGUGGCAACGUUAUCCCAGCCAUUACCUCGUCAAUCGAAGCAUGCGGGGAAAAUCGCCAUACAAGAUGUACUACGGAAGACGGCGGCAAUGGAUAGGCUGAAGAACCAAAUGUCGCAGUGGAAUGACGCCAUCUACAAGGAGGACGCCGAUCCGGUAUAUGUUGACUUCGCUGUCCAGGAGUACGCAAAAGCCGACGCAAAGCUCCUGAAACUUGCGGAAUCAGUUCGCAAGCAGAAGGCAAUCAUGGGCGUCGAAGACAAGGCAAACUUAUCCAAGCUAGUGAAGAGCAAGUACAUUCAGGCACGCACCAAUGCCGCCGCCGCAAAAACAAAGUUGCGCAAUCGCUUGCGCCAGAGGAAGUUCGAGCUUGACAGAGUGGAGCGGCACUUCCAUCGAAACAAAGCAGAUGCCAAAAUGACGACUCACAUCGAGGACGCCGUGCGACGCCGUGACCGAAGCAUCAAAGAUGUAUGCCGGUUGUACAAUAGACUUUGCACGGAGUUGCAGGAGCUCAUUCGUCUCGGUCGUGCCCCACGCAAUGCAAUUGCACCUAGACAAAUCGUUGAGAAGGACAUAUGGGGCUUGGAUGUUGAUGCCGAAAUCUGGCUUGACGUUGGCCUAACGGACGCAGAUGAAGACACGGAGCCGCCACUAUGGAUGAAAAGUGACGCAGUUCGUCAGGGAAUCCAGGCCAUGCUGGAGCAGGACCGCUGUAACGAGGAGGAGCCGCGCUUGUUCCAUGAGUGUCGCGCUUUGCGCUGGUGGAUGGCCGAGGAAUGGGAAGUGCUGACGCGCGGAAUCAAGUUGGCUGCAGAAGACGGUGAAGCCGGGAUUGUCUAUCAGUUCGAGCUUCGCAAGUCCGAAUUGACGAAAUUGACUGCCGCAUGGGAGAAACCACUACGUCAGGUGCCGUAUCCCACAGUCGGGUUACCAGCAUGGGGCCCGUCCGAUGAAGAUCUUCUUCAAGUCCGCAUCGAUGAUAUGUUUGCCCGAACAACGGUUGGCAGCUGGAAGGAGAGUGAUUGGUCAUCACAUCAAGAGGACAGCGCAUCAGACAGCGACUCUGGGACUGACACGGAGUACUUUCCCUACGACGAAUUGGACGCUUUCGAGCGUGCCGGCUGUGAUGAGGCGGAACUUCAAGGGGACAAGCACAUCAGUAAGUGCCAAUGUGCAAUAGACGGCGCCAUCGAUCUCUCAAACAGCAACUGCCCCCUGCACGCGACGAGGAACCGAGUGAUAAAAGACGAAAGCUUUCCUGACGUAUUCUACCUACCCAUCUCGCGCGCGGACCUACGCAUCGCCAUCCAUGAUCUAAUGAUGUUAUGGUACAAGGAAUCGUUUCGCAAAGAUCUGGGGCCCCAAGACUUUCGGGAUCCAGCUUACAGUACUCAGGAAGAGAUUCGCCGCCGUAACUACCACGAAGCGGAGUGCCGCAAAGUGAUCGACGUGCUCAGAAGGCUUAGGGAGCAUUCAGACAAGGUCAAAUUUCAUCUACUGUGGCAGGUGUUAGACAAGCUCGAGCGCCUCGUACAACAAUUCCCUGAUCUUGACUUGCCCAAAGGGUUGCUACCUCCGGAUAUUGGCUUCGUUGGCAGUGAUGUUGACGUCAAUGUGGAGGGAGACGGUGUCAUGAACAAAGAGCCCAGCCAGUCGUCCUAUGAUACGAGUAUCCAUCAGCUGGCCGUCGUCAACAACUAG